CUUGUACCUACAAUGCUUUUUUGUCUGUAUCCAUUUUUUACUACAAGAAAUGACAACAAGAUUUCAUCAAAAUGUGGACAUCUUGUUGGUGUUAAGUUCUCAUUGGUCCAAGUCUCCUUUUUCCGGGAGAUGUAUCAUCACUUUUCUACACCAACUUUUGUAUCAUAGUUUGCAAAUUUUGUCAGCUGGGCUUAUUCUUUUUUGGCAAAUUUGAAGCUGCCAAUCCUCUUUACAUAGCAACUACUUAUUACUUUUGCCGAUGAAGAUGAACAAUGAUCGAUCAUCCAGCGGUUUGCAGAGUUUGCGUUACAAACUUUGCUUCUUAUCACAGAAAGGUCUCAUGCAGCCUCAGUUAUUGCAAAUGUUGGAAGGAGAAGGAGCCAGAGAUGUGAAUAACCUGCAGGGUUUUGCAGAUUAUGAGCAGCUUGAUUCGGAGAAGAAUGGCCACAGUUUUGAGUCAAGAGACAUUCUACAGUCAGUUGUUCAAUCUUGCUCCUGCUGUGAUCUUGUUCAAGAAUGCAAGCCUCAGAUGUUGAGAAAUCUUCGUGAUAUGAAUUAUCACCAAAAUAACAUUGUUAUGGAAAAUUAUUACUAUAGUUACAGCAAGCCUCAGCAUUCAUUUGGGAGUAAAUUGAUUGCUUCAGAAAAUGAGGCGGCGAAGCACAAAACACGCAUUAGAUGGACUGAGGAUCUUCACAAGAAAUUUAUUGAGUGUGUGGAUCGCCUAGGUGGCGCCAAAAAGGCCACGCCAAAGGGAAUCCUCAAACUAAUGAAAUGUGAUGGAUUGACAAUUUUCCAUAUUAAAAGCCAUUUGCAGAAAUACCGCGUUUCUGAACUAAUGCCUGAAGAAAAAGAAGGGAAUUCGGAGCAAGUCGACUCAAAAACGGGGAUGCAGAUUGUGGAAGCUCUAAGACUACAGAUAGAUGUUCAGCGACAACUGUAUGAACAAUUAGAGAGCCAGAAGAAGUUGCAGAUGAGGAUUGAAGAACAAGCCAAGCAGCUUCAGACAAUGCUCCAAUGUCAGUUGAAUACCAAAAAUUAGAUUUAUGUAUUCAUGAAUAACGUAGUUAGCUUAGCUAGCUAGCUUUUUUGUAGUACGUUCAUAUAAUUUUUUUCUCAAAUAACUUCUGACAUUUUCAAAGGAUAAUCUUUUUUUUU